AGAUGCGUCCCAGCUAGAGAGCCAGGUCUCCAGCUUGUUCCUCCACUGCCCGGCGCAGUCCUUCGCUGCGCGCUGACCCCGAGGAAGGCAGUGCUUGGUCAGGGCGCUGAGGGACCCUCCACCGGGACGCCGGCCCCUCCCCGGGCCUCUGCUCACUUGCCCCCCACUCCCUAGUCCGUCCCCCUAGUAGGCCUGUCGGAUCGGGGACGUGGGGCGAGCUGAGAGCAGGCCCGGGGUGGGUGGUCACCGUGGUGAAGACGUGGCUGUCAAGAUGAUAGAAGUACUGACAACUGACUCUCAGAAACUGCUACACCAGCUGAACACCCUGUUGGAACAGGAGUCUAGAUGUCAGCCAAAGGUCUGCGGCUUGAAACUAAUUGAGUCUGCCCAUGAUAAUGGCCUCAGAAUGACUGCAAGACUACGGGACUUUGAAGUAAAAGAUCUACUUAGUCUAACUCAGUUCUUUGGCUUUGACACGGAGACAUUUUCCCUAGCUGUGAAUUUACUGGACAGAUUCUUGUCUAAAAUGAAGGUACAGGCGAAGCACCUUGGGUGUGUUGGACUGAGCUGCUUUUAUUUGGCUGUGAAAGCGACUGAAGAGGAAAGGAAUGUCCCACUGGCGACUGAUUUGAUCCGAAUAAGUCAGUAUAGAUUCACAGUUUCAGACCUGAUGAGAAUGGAGAAGAUUGUGUUGGAGAAAGUGUGUUGGAAAGUCAAAGCUACUACUGCCUUUCAAUUUCUGCAGCUCUAUUAUUCACUCAUUCACGACACCUUGCCAUUUGAGAGGAGAAACGAUCUGAAUUUUGAAAGACUAGAAGCCCAACUUAAGGCCUGCCACUGCAGGAUCAUAUUUUCUAAGGCAAAGCCUUCUGUGCUGGCGCUAUCCAUCAUUGCGUUGGAGAUCCAAGCACUGAAGUACGUAGAGUUAACAGAAGGAGUAGAAUGUAUUCAGAAACAUUCCAAGAUAAGUGGCCGAGAUUUGACCUUCUGGCAAGAGCUUGUUUCCAAGUGUUUAACUGAAUAUUCAUCAAACAAGUGCUCCAAACCAAACGGUCAGAAGUUGAAAUGGAUUGUGUCUGGACGCACUGCACGGCAACUGAAGCACAGUUAUUAUAGAAUAACUCACCUCCCAACGAUUCCUGAGACCAUUUGUUAGUUGAUAAAUCUGGUUGUUAUUCUCUGUA